CAAAAAGUGGAGCUCCCGUCUUUCUCGAAAAGCUAGGUCGUGACGUCGCAAUCAACUUCAGCCUCUUCAACACUUUCCUACAUCUCAAAAUCAUCCAGCCUCAGCGCUUUCAUUCCCGUCUGUACAUCCAAGAGUAAAACAAAGAGCCUGUUUGAAGAACCGCGCAUUCCACUUUGCAACCAGCACAGCCUCUGCAAGAAUAAAAGCUGUCGCAAUAGUAGCUGCAAGCUCGCCACUAUGACAGACUCACCACCAACGGAGCCCCGAGCUCGCUCAAAAUCACCCGCUCCCAAGGACAAGGACGAUCGCAAAGGUCGCGACGAUACAUACAGAGAGAAUGAUGAACGUCGCCAGCGCAGAGACCGCAGCAGGUCGCACAAUCGUAACAACAACCGCGACCGCAGAGAUUCGCCUCCACGCAGACCCCGAGAUCGAUCGCGAUCACCAGCGCGAAGACCCAGAGGAUCGGGCGGCUUCAAGUGGAAGGGAGAGCGUCGGGACAACGACAGAAACCGUGACUUCCGCAGACGCUCACCGCAGCGACAUCGGGAUCGCGAUCAUGGCAGGGACCGGAACUACCGCCGAGAUGACCGUGAUGGAGGACGGGACAGACAGCGAGAUGGCGAUAGGGAUCAGAGAAGGGAGAGGAAGGAAAGGAAGGAAGAGAAGCCUAAGGCUCCCGUGGCUCAGGCAGGCGAGGAGAUGAUCAUCGUCAACGUCAACGAUCGACUUGGUACGAAAGCUGCUGUACCCUGCUUGGAGUCUGAUACCGUGGGCCAGCUGAAGAUGAUGGUCGCCGCCCGAAUCGGUCGUGACCCUGGCCAGAUUAUCUUGAAACGACAGAGUGAGAGGCCAUUCAAAGAUCACAUUACCCUGGGAGACUAUGGCAUCUCGAACGGCGUGCAACUGGAUCUGGAAAUUGAUACACGGGACUGAAAUGACAUGGAAGCACUGUUCAAUAUGGGCUCUGGGAACAAAGUUUUCGACGUUUUACUUUUUAUCUGGCGUUAUCUGGAUUGCAUGACUAAAAAAAUACAUAAUCGAACAGAAACGAGUUAGUCUUGGAAUACUGGCGUGAGCCAUGUCAUAUAAGAGAAAUUUCAUGAAGAGGUUGUAUCCAAAUUCAUCGAAAUCGUUAAGAAAAGCGCCUCGUAACCCGCCUUACGCCUAUACCGCGACUCAGAUCCUGAAUCAAGACAAAAGUAGGUCUAUCGACCGAAAGAAUAGAAGAACCAAAAGAACGGCGAUGUCCUCAAAGUAUAUGAUAUCUAUGCUUCAACAUCUUUUUUAUCCGCACAACCAAGAAAAUAGCCAAGGAGAUAUCCAACAAAGACAGAAAAGUAAGAGAACAGGGUCGCUGGAAAACAAGCGAAUGAUGGUCAUAAGCAUUACUUCGAGCUUUUCUUCAUUUAAACAUGGUGUUGAGGUCCAUAUCCGGUCCAUCGAAUAUCCCUGAUUGGGUGCGGUAGCCUGAAUCUUGCUCCAGAGCAUUGCGGAGCAAAGGCGAUAGUUGACUGUUGGGCUUCAGAUCCUGAAGCUUUUCUUCUGGUUGACGAAAUGGAGGCUCUACCAUCUCGACAGUGACUCGAAGCUCAGGGUUAGACCCCAUGUGGUCAAAAUUCAUGUCAUUGAAAUCAUCAAACGACUGCUGAUCCAACCAUAGCUUCUCCUCGACUUUAGGUGACUGUUGCAUGAAACCCAUGGAUUCGCCAGCGGUAGAUGGUACCCUUGAAGCAGUGGACUGAACCUGGGACACUAUAUCAGACAGUGAUACUAUCGCAUCUCUAUCAUUAACUGGCAUUGCCGAGUCCUGGAAUAAAUUCGGGUCUGCAGUUGCAGCGUCGAAACACGCCCCAAAGAGCAUUUUAUCUUCAUUAUAGAUAGGCGAAUUCAUACUUGUUGGUACUUGCAUGCGUGAUCCUUGGCAAUCGCUUGUAGCCGUUUUAUGCAUCAAGAAUGGAUCAAAAGACUGUUGUGACAAGUCGUUUUGUGCAGAUGCAAGUUGAAGCCGGGUAAAAUCGCCAUUCCGAGAGGGGGCCUGCGAGAAUGUCUGCGGAGGAGGCUGUUGGAAUGAUGACUGCCAACUUGAGUAUGGGUAAGAAGGGGGAAACAUGCUCUGUGCCUGAGCCUGUGGUUGUGGAUGCGCUUGUUGUGACUGAAAGCUGUAGCCGGAAGAUCCACCUUGCAGACUUCCAAAGGAAGUUGCUUGACUCAAUGACGAGUAGGAAGAUUGAGUGACCCCCUGAAUCCCGUUUCUUUGCAUGUUCUUCACCAUACCCGCGACAAGCUCUGGUGGGGUAUUAUAUAUCAUCAGAGCAAUUGGCGGUUGGGCAGGUUGCUGGGCACUUUGUUGCUGCCAUGAUAAAGGACGUGGUGGCGCUGCCUGUAGAUUAGGUGGGUUUCUCAUAGCCUGUUGAGGAAACUGGUUGGGCCUCUCUGCCCGUGACCGGUCCUGGGUCGCCGGAGAGACUGUGGAUGCUGAAGGGGACUUUGCUUUGCCCUGUCCAUGGGGUGCCUUUGAUGCAGCAGGGCGAAGAUCGCGAGUGGACUGUUCCGUGACAGGUCGGCGUUGUAUCUGGUUGUUGUUGCUUUGCUGUCUCUGGUUGGUGCGAUUGUACUUGUUUGCCGGGCUUCGAUAGUUCGAUUUGCGCGGUGGCAUGUUUUUAGGAGGUCCGCUGGGCUUUACGGUAACUGAACAGAAGGUGGUG